AUGGUAUCGCUAUGGAAUCAGGCCUCGACGUUCUUCAUUAGCGCGCAGUCGAACCCUGAAUACCAACUGGACGAAGUGGAAAUCCGCAAGGGCCUCUUGCAGUCCAAGCGGAUUCAUACGAAUCUUACGCCUGGCGCCGUUGUGGUUAAUGCCAAAGGCGACUGGAAACUGGCAGGUGUUGGCUACCUUACGAGCCUUGGCAGCGAUGAGUCUGCCAAUGUGCGCUGGGCGUUUGAGGACGAGGAGGAUUCGCUUCCAGUUCUGUUGCAGCGCGAUAUGGAUUUUAUGGAUCCUAUCUAUGCGCUUGAUCGGAAAGCAACGAUGGCCAACGACAUCAUCAAUGCGCUGCGGUCGUAUGCUGACCGACUCCCUGACCGGAUCCAUUCGCCCAAGUGGAACUCGCUGGGAGCUGAUGUGCAAGUCAUUCUGAGCAACCUGAUCUCGCGCUCGGAUGAACAGCGGUACACUGCCAAAACGUUCCAAACACUUGCAUACUUUAACAGCAUGCUUGUUUCUAUUCUCAAGUUUAUGGAACGUGACAGCUUCUCGGCACGGAGCAAACAAGAGAAGGUGCAAUUCCUCCGUGGUCUGCUCAAAGUCCUGCCGCAAUUCUCGCCCGCGCUGCAGCGACGCAAGCUGUUGCCUUCGAUGGUGGAAAUCAUGUCGGACCGUUCGCUCCUUCCGUAUAUCCUGCCCAACGUCUUUUUGAUGGCAAGCAACAUUUCGUCUUUGGAAUUUGGGUCGAGUGUGCUUCCCCGCUUGAAGCCUCUGUUUCUCAUCCGGGAUCCUCCCCAGAACCAGAUGCUUCUGCUGAACCAAAUCGAUCUGUUUGUGGGCAAGAUGGCGCCUGCCCAGUUUCGAGAAGAGGUCAUGCCGCUCAUUUACUCGUCGUUGGAGAAUGAGCACAUUGCCGUGCAAGAGAAUGCGCUUCAGAAAGUUCCGCGGCUCUGUGAGCUGCUCGAGUUUUCGCAUGUGAAGGAUAUUCUCCUGCCGAAACUCACGGCGCUUUUUUCCAAGACCAAGACGCUGUCGGUCAAAGUCAGCUGCUUGAUUUGCUUCCAUGCCCUAACGCCGGUACUCGACAAGGUCACGCUGAGUGAAUCGCUGGUUCCCACGCUUGCGCGUAUCAAGACGCGCGAGCCCUCGGUGAUGGUUGCAUCCCUUGCUGUCUACGAAGCCAUUUCAGUCAAGGUAGACCGCGACGUGCAAGCUACGUCGAUCCUACCCCGCCUGUGGGUGAUGUGCAUGUGCCCCGCGCUGAGCCAAGCCCAGUUUGCCCGUUUCAUGCGCGUCAUUCGCCAGAUCAGCGACAAGAUCGAGAAAGAGCACAUGGCCUACCUGAAGGAGACGCAGAGUGUGGAGGAGCAUACGAGCCAAAUGGUUAACGAGCAGUACAAGACUGCGUCGCGUCCCAGCCUCUCGUCGCGCAUCGGUGCAAACACCGACGUGGACUUUGAGACGCUCGUGGGCCAGACACAGGCCGCCGCCCCGUCGUCGCUCGAUACGUUGCUGUUCGACGGCCCCAGCACGAGUAUGGACAUGCCUUCGCUGCUUGACAGCAUGGUAAAGCCUUCGAGUGCGGCGAGCACCCCCGCGCCAGUGCCCUCACCGGCCAUGUCGCCGCGGCCGUCGCUGCAAGCGCCGAGGGCGACGCCGUCGCUUGCCCCGCCGCCCCGCCCUGCCGUGACCAUUUCGCAGCCCACUACGCCCGCAGCUACGAGCACCUCGACCGGCCUCUUUGACGCGCUGGUCUCUGACCCGGCGCCGAGCAAGGUGCCUGCGAUGCCGACGCUGAGCGCACCGCCCCUGCAGCCGACCCGUGCCAAUGUACAUACAGCCAAGCCAAGCGCUCCUCCCGGCUGGAGCGGUGGCAUGCUGCAGCCCCAGGCGCCCAGCACGAGCUCUGCAUCUGUGCCAUCCAAGUCGACGUGGGCCGACUUUGAUCCGUUGAAAUAG